CACUCACUCACUAACUAACCUUCUUCUCCUUCUCUAUGGAUAUGUAUAUAUACAUAUACACAAUUCAUAAUCAACAUAUAAUAUUACUAUAUAUAUAUACAACUUCCAAGUUCCAAUUUAAAGCAUAUGCUUGAUGAUCAUGGUGGUGAUGUGGAGGUACUUCAAUGGCAGAACAGCGAGAAGGUUUGUAUCCACUUGUAGUGGCCAUGGUUGGUGGGACAAAGUGAGAGUUGCACCAAAGAACCCCAUUGUCACUGUGAAUGAGUCUUUUCUUGCUGACCCUUUUCCCCACAAGAUCAAUCUUGUAACGGGUACUUAUAGGGAUGAUGAUGGAAAACCCUUCACUCCUCAAUGUUUUAGUGAUGCAGAAGCAAAGAUUUACAGAUAUACAUUAGAGGAAACAAACUCUUCUGAGGUUAGUUCAAAGUUUGUUAUGGAGAGUGUAAAGUUGGCAUAUGGGAAUGAUUCAUUUGUUGUAAGAGAAGGGUUGUAUGCUGGAGUUCCAGCUUUGUCCGGAACCGGCGCGUGUCGGCUUUUUGCCGAAUUCCAAAGGAAUUUCUAUCCUGAUUCUCUAAUUCAUCUUCCAGAUCCUACCUGGCCAAAUCACCACAACAUUUGGAGACAGGCUCAGAUUCCAGUCAAAACAUUCCACUAUUAUGAUCCUGAUACAAAGGGUUUAGAUUUUGAUGCACUCAUAAAUGAUAUCAAGAACGCGCCGGAUUCUUCGUUCUUCUUGCUUCAUCCUUGUGCUCACAAUCCAACCGGUGUUGACCCCACUGAAGAACAAUGGAGAGAGAUUUCAUACCAGUUCAAGGUCAAAAAUCAUUUUCCCUUCUUUGAUAUGGCAUAUCAAGGAAUUUCAAGUGGUGAUAUUGAUAAGGAUGCUGCCGCUCUUCGGAUUUUCGUUGAAGAUGGACAUUUAGUAGGCUGUGCUCAAUCAUUUGCAAAGAAUAUGGGACUAUUCGGGCAUAAAGUUGGUUGUUUAAGUGUCUUGACCCGGGAUAUAAAGCAAGCAGCUGCAGUGAAAAGCCAACUACAGCACAUUGCUCAUUCAAUGUAUAGCAGCCCUCCAAUCCAUGGCAUUUUACUUGUUACUAUGAUCUUGAGUGAUCCAAACAUGAAAGAACAGUGGAAGAAAGACAUGAAGAUCAUGGCUAACAGAAUCCGAGCAAUGCGAACUACUCUACGUCGAAAUCUUGAGGACUUGGAUUCAUCUUUCAACUGGGAACAUAUAACUAAUCAGGUUGGCAUGUUCUGUUUUUCUGGAUUAGCCCCUGAUCAGGUUAGACACUUGGAGAAGCUAUUCCAUAUAUAUAUGAGUCCAGAUGGACGAAUAAGCAUGGGAGGUGUGACACCAAGCAAUGUAAACUAUUUGGCAAAUGCAAUUCAUCAGGUUACAAGAAUCAGUGAAGCAGCCUCUGUUUGCAUGUGUAACAUGCAUUAAUCAUAAACUUUACUCUGAUCACAUGAUAUAUUAACCAUUUUUGCCUAAUGUAAUUCAUUCUUGUUAUACCUACCAUACAACAUACCUAGUAGUAGGUGAAAAUAUUCACAAAGUCAAAUAAUAUUAGACUAUUGUAAAUGUUUUUUAACUCUUGUAAAACAAUUAAACAUAGAAAGGCUUUGAUGUUUUCAU